AUGCCCAGACUCAAGACUUUGCUAACCGCAGUGUUCCUAGCCACAGGAGGGUUCCUCUUCGGCUAUGACAGCGGUAUCAUCACCUCGACGAUCGGUCAAACUGAAUUCAUCAAAUACUUCUCCAACCCUAGCGACACUGUGACCGGUGGUAUCGUUUCUGCAUUCCAGGGUGGCGCUAUCUUAGGUACAAUCAUCAACAUCUUCACUGGUGAUCGGCUCGGUCGAAAAUACUCUGUCCUAGCAGGCGCUUGCGUGUCAUGCUUUGGCUGUGCCUUGCAAGCUGGCGCCAUCAACAUGGUCAUGCUCAUCGUUGGACGUUUCAUCGCCGGUAUUGCAGUUGGCAUGCUGACUUCGGUCAUUCCAAUGUAUGCGGGUGAAAUUGCUGAAUCCUCUUCUCGGGGUAUGAUGUCUGGUUUGUUGCAGUGGAUGUUGAGUUGGGGUUACCUUAUUGCCCAGUGGCUUGGAUAUGGGUGCUCUUUCAACGAGACUUCUUUCCAGUGGCGCUUUCCUCUUGCCUUUCAAUGUGUCCCAGGUCUGGCCCUAAUGAGUGGCAUCCUUUUCCUGAAUGAAUCUCCACGCUGGCUGAUGGAGAAGGACCGCCACGAGGAAGCCCUUGUCGCGCUCAAAAAUCUUCACGGUGACGGAACACCUGAGAAAGACCAGUAUAUUGAGCUCGAGUUCCAAGAGAUCCGCGAGACCAUUCAAGCGGAACGCGCUCGCACAGAGAUAACAUUCACAUCUAUCCUCCGCAAACCAUCUUGGCGUCGCCGUCUCAUUCUCGGCUGUGCAGUCCAAGCUUUCGGUCCGUUGUCUGGAAUCAAUGUUAUCAACUACUACGGCACUCGCAUCUAUGCACAGCUCGGAUUUGACACUCAGACCUCAUUGAUGAUCAUCGGUAUCUCCGGGGCUCUCUCCAUUGUCUACUGCACCGGUGGCUUAUGGGCUCUCGAGCGAGUCGGUCGUGUCAAGCCUCUCAUUCUCUCAGCGGCCGGUAUGGCAGGCGCGCUCGUCUGCAACGCUGCCAUGUCGCAACACUGGGACACGGGAAAUACCAACCAACUUCGAGCCAUGGUGGCCAUGAAUUUCGUGUUCAGUUUCUUCUACACGUUUGUCGGAAUCAUUUCGUGGGUUUAUCCUGCUGAGAUUUUCCCGGUUGAUAUUCGCAACCAGGGUAAUUCGAUCACUACUUUCACGAACUGGACUGUGAAUCUUGUCUUCGCGCAGUUCUCGCCGAACGCACUGUCGACGAUUGGUUUCCGCUACUUCUAUGUUUUCUUUGUUUUCAACCUGGCGGCUAUGCUGUCCUAUAUCUUCUUCUUCCCUGAGACCAAGGGCAAGACCCUUGAACAGAUGGAUGCCCUGUUCGGCGAUGAAGCGCCUAUUGUUGAAAAUGAAAAGGAGGUAGAGACAGUUAUGGUGGAGGAUACCAAGCAAUGA